GCGAAGGGCGUAGCGUUUGCCGGCACGCUUGCAGCGAAGCAACUGCGGACUGUUCUGAUAAAGCAUGCUCGAGUCGUCUAACAGCGACCUCCAACAUGUCAGAAUCCGUUAUCACUUUGUGGCGCGCAAUGCCAACGAGCUCACCGUGCAGCAGGGAGAGAUACUGGAGGUCUUGGAAAACAAUAAACAAUGGUGGCUGCUGAGGAACCGCAGUGGUCAGUCAGGCUACGUGCCUUGUAAUGUGCUAGAAGAGGUCAAACCAGAAGAGCAGCAGUACAACCGCGCUGCUCUCUUUAACAGCCAGGCUGUCAAUCCUUACAAAGGAACUCCAACUGCUCCUGUAAAUCAUGUAGAGGUUUUGGAGAUGAAUAAAUCCUCCAGGGACAAAGACAACCGCAGCCAACAGAAGGAGGUAAACGAUGAGCUGUUGAAGAGGAUAACGGACAGUAAGGCUCAACCACCCGCUCGUAACUUUAGGGUAGAGCGAUCGUGCAGAACCGUGCCCAUCACGCAGACAUCUGAGCCCUUUGAGGUGCACGCUUGGCUUAAUGCCAAGGGUUUCUCCAGGCCGGUGGUGGAUUGUCUGGGUAGUCUUAACGGUGCUCAGCUUUUUUCUCUCAGCAAGGAUGAGCUGAGGGCCGUGUGUGGGGACGAGGGGUCGCGUGUCUUCAGUCAGCUCAGUGUGCAGAAAGCCCAAAUAGAGAAAAGUCACGGUGACACAGAGCUGCAGGAGAUCAUGAGACGACGGCAACAGGAAGUGGAAGCCUCAGCCUGGGAAUGAUUACAGUCAAUCGCGAUAAUUUCAUCGCAUUUUCUCCAAUACUCUUGUUCACCCUACAAUCAACAGCCACCCAGAGGAAUUCAGAACAGAUGGACUAAACAGCUCCAGUCAUUACUGUAACCGUGUCCAGCUCAUUUCCUUUAUGACCUGUACAACGUAGUGCUUAACAUAAGUGCUUUAAACUGAUGAACAUGAAUGCAUUGGGAUUAAAGUCUUUAACCUCCAUUUAAAGUGAUAAAAAUGACAUUGGGCAUCGACUAAUAAGUCCUAAUAUUUGAAACAAGUAGUCUGUCACUGCAUGAAAAUCAUGAAGAUUUUCUCUAUAAUGGUACUGAAGUAUUAUCACAUACUUCAUACGGCUAAAUGACUACUUAAUAUUAAUGUUGAAGACUGUCUCAUCACUCAUUUGUCGGUACUUCUUUUUUUCGCAUGUUUCAUGCUUUAUUAAUGCAAAUCAGGUCAUGUUUAUUCAUGUGUGUGUGUGUGUGUGUGUGUGUGUGUGUGUGU